GAGGAGGAGGAAAGGGGAGGAGGAGGAGCUGCGGCUGACGCCGGCGGAGCUUUCAGCACCUUGGAGAACGGCUACGGGGGCGCCGGGCAAACAGGAGCAUCCACCGCCGCCCCCCGCUGCCCGCUCACCUGCUCCACUCCGCUCCUCACCCGCCCCUCCCUGUCCCACCCCUCGUUCCCCCGCCGCCGGAGGGAGCCCGGUCCCGCCGGAGCGGCUCCAGAGGGAGAGCACGGCAGCGGCACAGACUCGGUGAUCGGGACGGGCGGGGGGUUCCGUCAGCGCAGGGACGGGACGGGUGGUCGGCCCGGAACGGCCGGACUGGCUUAGGGGGUUACUCACUGCUGUCGCUCCUCAGGGAGCGGCGGCCGGGACGGCGAGGAGAGCGAGGGGGCUUGCACCCCGCAUCUCGCACCUCGCCGUGGAGCCGAGGGGAGAGAGAGGAGCACCCAACGCGGCAGAGGCUGGCGGCAUUUGCUGGGGUGGGCAGGGAAGCAGAAAGAGGAGUCGCACCAGCGGCUGGGAACGGGGAAUCUGCUCCUCGGAAACCUCGGGGGCACAGAUACCCCUGGCUCAAAGGGAUUUUGAGGGGAAGGGGAAAUUGAACGUAGACGCAUUUUGGUAAUUGUGCUGAAAUAAUCAAGUGCCGAAGGCAGAUCUUAGGCAGAUAAGGUAGAGGCAUGGAUCCCACUGUUUUGGAUGCCGACUUGAAUUUUUUAUUUACUUUUCUGUUUUGACCACUGCUAAACGUGGAUUUUGUGAGCGAACCCGAUGGUGGUUGUUCCAUUGUUCCUUGUUUGAACGUAAAUCUUAGUCCUGCUGCUUGUGGAUUUUUUAUUUAUUUAUUUAUUUUAUUUUGGAAAAGACCUUUCCAGGUAGCUUUUGCAUCUGACAAAAUGAAGCCUUUGUAUUUUUCAAUCAAUUAUACCUAAUAUUGACAUUCGGUGGGGUACAAGAGACUUAAAGUGCUGCCUCACUCAGAGGACCAUUAAUGACUUUCUCGGUCGCUACAUGUAGCUGAAUGUGUUACGACACAUUCUUUCUCCUCUCCAAAUCUUCCAAAAGAUUUUUCCAAAAUGAAGAAAUUUAAUUUUCGCAAAGUUUUGGAUGGUUUAACUGCCGCAUCCCCUGUUGGAAGCAGUGGCAGUGGAAGUGGGGCUGGUGGUGGCUCUGUGCACCCAGGAGGGACUGCGGGAACUGCAGGGACACCCAGAGAGGAGAUCCAGGAGACGCUCACUUCAGAUUAUUUUCAGAUCUGUAAGACGGUUCGCCAUGGUUUUCCUUACCUACCCACUGCCUUAGCUUUUGACCCAGUUCAGAAAAUUCUGGCAAUUGGAACAAGAACAGGAGCCAUACGAAUAUUGGGCAGGCCUGGUGUUGAUUGCUACUGCCAACAUGAAAGUGGUGCUGCAGUUCUGCAGCUCCAGUUCUUAAUCAAUGAGGGUGCUUUGGUCAGUGCAUGUGCAGAUGAUGCACUUCAUUUGUGGAACCUCCGACAGAAACGACCAGCUGUUCUACAUUCUCUGAAAUUUAACAGAGAAAGGAUUACUUACUGCCAUCUACCUUUCCAGAGUAAAUGGCUUUAUGUUGGAACAGAGAGAGGAAAUACACACAUUGUAAAUAUUGAGUCCUUCAUUCUUUCUGGAUAUGUUAUCAUGUGGAACAAGGCAAUAGAACUAUCCACCAAGACUCAUCCUGGCCCAGUUGUACAUUUAAGUGACAGCCCAAGAGAUGAGGGAAAACUAUUGAUAGGCUAUGAAAAUGGGACUAUCGUUUUCUGGGACUUACGAUCUAAAAGAGCCGAUCUGAGAGCUUAUUAUGAUGAGGCUAUUCAUUCUGUUGCUUGGCAUCAUGAAGGGAAACAGUUCAUGUGUAGUCACUCUGAUGGCAGCUUGACCCUAUGGAAUCUGAAAAGCCCUAACAGGCCAUUCCAGACCACAAUUCCACACGGAAAAAUUCAAAGAGAUGGAAAAAAACCUGAAUCUUGUAAACCAAUUCUUAAAGUAGAGUACAAGACCUGUAAAAACAGUGAACCAUUUGUGAUAUUUUCUGGUGGACUGUCAUAUGAUAAGCCUUGUCGAAGACCAAGUUUAACAAUCAUGCAUGGGAAAGCAAUUACAGUUCUUGAAAUGGAUCAUCCUAUAGUUGAUUUUUUAACUCUUUGUGAAACCCCAUAUCCAAAUGAAUUUCAAGAACCCUAUGCUGUAGUUGUGCUCUUGGAAAAAGAUCUCAUUGUCGUUGACCUGACACAAAGCAAUUUUCCAAUCUUUGAAAAUCCGUAUCCUAUUGACAUUCAUGAGUCACCUGUUACCUGCACAGAAUAUUUUGCGGACUGUCCUCCAGAUUUGAUCCCUGUACUCUAUUCUGUAGGAGCAAAACAUAAAAAGCAAGGAUACAGCAAUAAGGAGUGGCCUAUCAUUGGUGGAGCAUGGAACCUUGGAGCUCAGACAUUUCCUGAAAUCAUUAUCACAGGCCAUGCAGAUGGAUCAGUAAAAUUUUGGGAUGCUUCUGCCAUUACUCUACAGAUGUUGUACAAACUAAAAACAUCAAAGGUCUUUGAAAAACAGAAAGUGGGAGAAGGAAAAGCAACAGCUGAGAUUGUGGAAGAAGAUCCUUUUGCUGUUCAGAUGAUGUACUGGUGUCCUGAAAGCCGAAUUUUCUGUGUGGCAGGAGUUUCUGCAUAUGUGAUUAUUUACAGGUUCAGCAAACAUGAAGUAAAUACUGAAAUUGCAUCAUUAGAGGUACGACUUCAAUGCGAAGUAGAAGACAUCAUUACUCCUGAACCAGAAACAAAUCCUCCAUUUCCAGAUUCUUCCUCCCAGCUUCCUUCUUUAAAGAGCCUUUCAGGCAGUACCAACACUGUAGCCUGUGAAGGAAUGAUGAAGGACAGUAUCCCAUGUCUUAAUGUUAAGGCUCGACCUGUGCGGAUGCCUCCUGGCUACCAGGCAGAUCUCAUUAUCCAGUUGGUGUGGGUAGAUGGUGAGCCUCCACAACAGAUUACCAGUCUUGCUGUAAACUCUGCUUAUGGACUAGUGGCUUUUGGGAACUGCAAUGGUUUGGCCAUUGUGGAUUUCAUGCAGAAGACAGUCCUGCUAAGCAUGGGCACCCUCGACCUCUAUGGAUCCAGUGAUCCAUACCAGCGCCAGCCCCGCUCACCUCGCAAGAGCAGGCAGUUUGCUGCAGACAACUUUUGCAUGCGUGGCCUGUCUAACUUUUAUCCAGAUUUAACGAAACGGAUCCGUACUUCCUAUCAGAGCCUGACUGAACUCAGUGACAGUCCAGUUUCCCUGGAGCUUGAGCGUUGCAAGUCUCCGACUUCAGUUAAAGGAUCAAGAAAGUUAAGUCUGCCAACAGAUCUUAAGACUGAUCUUGAUCACGUGAAUGGUCACUGUACAAGCCCAACAUCCCAGAGCUGCAGUUCAGGCAAACGACUUUCCAGUGCGGAUGUGUUGAGAGCAAACCGCCGAGGGCCUGGCAGGCCCCCCUUCAGGAAAGCUCAGUCUGCAGCCUGCAUGGAGAUUUCUCUGCCAGUCACCACAGAAGAAAAUAGGGAAAGUUCCUUCAGCCGUUCCCGAAGCUCCAGCGUGUCCAGUAUCGACAGGGACUCAAAGGAAGCAAUCACAGCUUUGUACUUCAUGGAGUCCUUUGCCCGGAAGAAUGACUCUGCUGUUUCCUCCUGUCUCUGGGUCGGAACAGGCCUCGGAAUGGUCAUAAUUCUGUCCCUUAAUCUGCCUGCUAGUGAUGACUUACGGCAGUCAGAGCCAGUCAUGGUGUCACCAAGUGGCACCGUCCUGACAAUGAAGGGAGCCGUGCUGACCUUCGCGUGCUUGGACUGCAUGGGGACAUUGACACAUCAGCCCUAUGAAGUAUGGAGGGAUCCCUACAGUGCUGAUGACGGUGACAAAACAAGGAAAAGGAAACUAGUCAUGCAGUCCCCUUCCUCCUCCCAGGAUAUGGGUGAUCAUCAAUUUGCAGUCAUUUGUUCAGAAAAACAAGCCAAAGUCUUCUCAUUGCCUUCCCAAACAUGUCUUUAUGUCCACAACAUCACCGAAACGUCCUUUUUAUUGCGAGCAGAUGUGGUCACCCUCUGUAACAGCGUCUGUCUGGCGUGCUUUUGUGCUAAUGGGCACAUCAUGACACUGAGCUUGCCCAGCCUUCGCCCACUGCUGGACAUUAACUAUUUGCCUGUCACAGACAUGAGGAUAGCAAGGACCUUCUGUUUCACUAAUGAAGGGCAGGCUUUGUACCUGAGCUCUCCUACAGAGAUCCAGCGCCUGACGUACAGCCAGGAGAUGUGUGACAACCUGCAGGACAUGCUUGGGGAUUUGUUUACUCCUGUGGAAACACCAGAAGCCCAAAACAGAGGCUUUCUCAAAGGACUUUUUGGAGGAAGUGGACAAGCUUUUGACAGAGAGGAGCUUUUUGGUGAAGCCACAGCAGGAAAAGCCUCUCGCAGCCUCGCCCAGCACAUCCCUGGAUCCGGUGGGAUUGAAGGCGUGAGAGGAGCUGCAGGUGGGGUCAUUGGGGACUUGACUCGUGCGCGUAUUGCCCUAGACGAGAGGGGACAGAAGCUGGGUGAGCUGGAUGAAAGGACUGCCAGCAUGAUGGCCAGUGCAGAGGCGUUUUCCAAACAUGCACAUGAGGUGAUGCUCAAAUAUAAGGACAAAAAGUGGUACCAGUUUUAGACUUUCAAAGAAGUAGCUUGGGGCUUUAUUGAGAACACUGUUCAGAGAAGCAACCUUUAUUCCCAAAUCUAUCAGACACUGGCCAGAGACAGUUUCUUCUCCUAGAAGAUGUUUUCCUAUGUUACUUACUGGAUUCAUCACAGUGGACAUCGAGGAGAAAUUUUACAGACCGUGGGACAGAAGCUGGAAUCAUGAGGGUCUUUCCAACAGCUGACUCACGGAGUCAAUUUUUUCCCAAAAGGAACUCAACCAUCACUGUGGCAUGUAGUUUUCAGAACCUGUAUGUAUGAACUGUGGGGAGUGCAUCUGGUUAAUAAUAUUCUGUACAAACUCAAAUGUUAAUGCACUUAUAAAACUUUGCAUGAUUAAUUGCCAACUUAACAGAAAAAAAAAAACAAAAAAAAAAAAGAGAGAGAGAGAAAGCAAGCAUGUUGUGUCCAAAGAAAAAUGGGAUUUAUUUCUAUUCUGAGGGGUAAAAAAAAAGAAAAAAACACCUUAAAUGACAAAAAUCUUUAUUUUUUAAAAGUAACAUUAUAAAAAGCCAGUAAAUUUCAAGCAUGUUUGCUACUGUUCUCCACAUAAAAAUUAGUUGAGCUGCAUUUUCUUAUCUGCUAUUUAUUUCUCUUGAAAUGUCUUGCUCAAAAGUUGUGCUCUUUAACUCCUACCAGAAAAAUAAAUAAAUUUAAAAUCCUAUCCCCAAAAUUUAACAAUUUUGCAGGUAGCUGGACAGGCACUUUCUAAAAAGGUCAUUAAGACAUGUGCAUAGAUGGUUUAUUUGCAAUUCAGAGCACAUGACACAUCAUCCUAAUCUAUACUUUUUUUAAUGUGCUCUUGAUUCAUCUGUUGUCCUUGAAGCGGGGCCGUGGCACUUUUCAUCCCCGUGGAGUGUGAAUCACUUGAUUGCCUUAUUCCCAGUAGCAGGAAUAGAAAUCCAGCUUUGGAAAGCAUUUCUUCAGGUUAGGAAAGGCAAGAUGGGAAACCACAGUCCCAUCAAACACUGCUCACAGAGGCUUCUUAGCAGCUUGCAGAGCAGCUUAAGUGCUCAGCUGAAAUUGUAAGAGGGGACCUGCACAGAAACGCCCCCAAAACCUGUGAGAGAGAGUUAAGAGCAGGAACACUAUACACUGGGCCAGGGAGGAGCAUGGAAAACCAUUGCUAACAUACAUAUGGAACACAGAUGUAAAGUGACACGAUGGGCAAAUGGCAAUUUAUACUCUGCUCACACUGCUAAAAGUAAUUUGCUUCUGCUUCAAAGUGGCUUGUUUAGUUUUUGCAGUGAAUGCUGCAGAAAACUGCAACCUGCAGCCACAGAAGAGAACAGUAAGCCGGUUUUAUUGCUAUCCUGCUGGAAUGCUCCACCCUAUCCUACAAGACUCACUGCCACAUAGGUCAACUCUAAGAUUAGAAAUUUUUCCAAGAUUGGCUUGGAAACAAGGCACUGAAGACUUGUUUCCAUGUGUCUGGACAUAGUUUUAAAUUAGAAAAAAGAAAGUGAGGAAAAGUUGGGAAAACAGCCUUUAAAUUUUUUCUGUUAACAUCUUCUGUCCCUUCACGGAAUCCUGAUGGACACUGAUGCAGACAGGCACCAUCCCACUCCCACCUAGACCGUAACUUCACCGGCAUUUGUAUCAUCGCAGUGUUCAAAGAUGUGUUUUCCAUCUCCUUCCUUUACCUACAAUAAAAUACAGCCCAGGAAGUUGUACCACCCACAAGUCAGGCCUCACUGUUGGCCCACUACACAAGUGAAAGGGCUGGAAAAGAUUUGAGGUGUCAAGUUUUAAAUUCCCAUUGUAAUAGAACAGAAUUUCAUGAUUUUCAGGAUUUUUAUAUCUUGCUGUAGGCAAAAUCAAAAUGAUGGCCCUGACAGGUCUAGCUCAACUGCUCUAUGUUGUCAGAACUGUAGAAACUUGGGGUGAAAGGGUCAAAGCCUGAGCAAUGCCUGGGUUUCUGCUGACAGCUAGAGGAAUUGGAGUUGUCCAUGACACAAGAGGAAUUAUCUGUGUGUAUGUGUGUAAGGCUAUGCCAAACUUGCCACUCCGAUGCCAAUAGGAACUGGGUUGGUGAAUUCUUUGCAGGGGCUGGGUCACAGAAGUAACAACUUGUGCCUGUGAGGAAGCACUGCUCUAACCUGGCAUUGAGAAUGAGAAAUAAGGGAGAACAUGAUAGCAAUUUGAUCUUCAGUUUAAACCUGUAUUCAUCGGGCCUGCGCUCUGGCCUAGAAUCCAAACCCAUUGGUCUCUGGGCAACAAAAUAAUUUGGGGCAGCAUUCAAGCUGGCCAACAGUCAACUUAUUUUCCAUUCUGUGCUGGAGUGUGGCAGUCAAGAGCAGCCCCACAGGCUGAUUGGAAUCAUGGGAUCUUUAGAGAAAAUUUAAGAGCAAUUUCUAAUUGCUGAUCACUACAGCUCACUCAGAGAGAAAGGUGUCCUCAACAAGUCUCUCACACAAGGGCCAGCUGGCUCUGGCUGCCAGCAGUCUCUAGUUUAACACCAGGGUGAAAAAAACCCUGCCAGUAGAUUUCCAUUUGCAUUUUUAUGCAACAGAGAAAUGAGAAUUUAGCAGCCCUCAAACUUACAAUUUUUAAUACUAAACUUUCAAGUAACAUUUCUCUAGUAUUCCCCAUCAGGUCACAGCUUUCCACUCUUACAUGUUUUACAUAUUUCCAGACAGUUCUCAAUUACUAUUUCUGUUACGUUCGCCACUUGUGGCUAUAAUUACCAAUUUUCUUGUAGUCUGUAGAGAUCUAAAAAUUGUACAUGUUUGUAUAUAGAACAUUCUAUAUAUAUAAUAUAUAUAUGUAAUGUAUAAGUUUGUUAGUGCACACUGUUAAAUGCUUUCUAUCAAGAUUUACCAAGUAUGUGGGGAAAAAAAUAACUUAAAAAGUUCAAUGAGGGAGGAAAAACUCUUGCCUGGGUAAUUUUUUGUGAAAUGAGGGGGAGUGUGGGAUUUUUGCAAGGCUUGCCCUGAACACUGCUCAAGGCUGUCAGCAUUCCCAGCAAGAAGAACAGCAUCUGUCUCUGAGAAAGACUGUAGGACUGUGACUGGCUGGAGGAAAAUCAAGGACAUUAUGUCACUGAAUGUUGAAAUCUUUCUGUGCUUUCAUCUUUCCCACUCAGACAGCACCACCUCAAGCAAAAUCCCAAGCUUAGAUGUAUCUUCAUCCUCACAAUCCUCAGCUACACCAGGAAAUUGGCUGGAAAUACUAGUUCAGUUUAAAAUGCUGUUUGUUUAUUUAGAUACUUAGUUCUCUCAUGUUCUUCUCUCCAGGAGCUCUGUCACAAUCACACCCAAAACCAGUUACACAGAACUUCCAACAGCACACACACCUUUGGGUUUGCUCAGAUGUUUGUAAUCAUGUCUAGUGCUGUAGACAGACAGAGAAAAUGCAUUAAAAUUAGAUUAUUUAUAAAUCUUCAGAGUUGGCAAGUCUUCAAUGAAGUACAAGCUAAUUUGUUUAUUAAUAAAACAUUUAAAUACAUUCCUAGAGCUUCAACUUCAGUUGCAAAUCUUGAAUUAAAAGACAUGACAAUUGAAAUUUUGAGAAUCACGUUUUGUUUUCUAUAAUUACCUGGGAGGGAGGGGGUUUAAGUUUUUUUUACAGUUCUACAGCUCAAACUGUCUACAUCAAUUAGUCAUUUCUCACAGUACCAGGAUUGGUACACAAAAAUGUGUAACAAAAAUACUCUAUUUACUACAUGUGUGGUAUAAAAUUAUUACAUAAACCCUCCUCUAUAACAGUUUAUAGUCUUUUUCCAGAAUCCCUUUUACACCACAGUGCGUGUAUAAUGCAGGUGGGCACAGAAACCAUUUUUUUUCAAUAGAAGCCACUUGAGAGCUGCAUCUAACCUCAAACAAACCGCAUGUGUUGCAGCACAGGCAAAGCCCCAGUUUUUCGGUUAAUUAUGCCCCUCAAAUUGCCUGGGCCCUGCCCCAUCCAUCCUUUCCCAUAGCCCAAAGGUGAAUUCAAGCACAGCAUAUUUCAGUCUUGAACGUUUUGUUGCCUUGGAAGGGUCUGGUAAGAGCACAAUCUUAUGAAGGAAUGUGUGUGGCCAUUCACAGUCAACUCUUCCUCUUUGGUGUAUAAGCAAAAUGUGUUUUGUUUUGCGACCAAAUCCACAAAUCAAACAUUGUACUUCAUAAAAUAGCAACAAAUAUUCAGAUUCAGUGUCAAGGAAAUGUGGGCUGAGUAUGUGUGUGGUUUGUUAAUGAGUCAUUACCUGUCUCCCAGAACAAAGGCUGAUCUGGGGUGAACCACACAGUCCUGUCUUAUUUCCACAGGUAUCUUAAAUCAGUAUUACAAAGCUAAGGCAUCUUAAUGUGAGGCUGUUUCGAGCCCCCAUUAAUAACAACAAAAAAAAAAAAUAAGGUAAAGAAAAUAAAGGAAAGAAUUUAUACUA